UUCGCUCCCAAAACAAGAGCCUACACACGUAAUCUUUGAUCUGGCUAAAAUUAUUCUUGAAACAUUCAAAUAACAAGUAUAGAUGAAUGUUAUAUUCAUAAUGGAAGUUUUGUGGCAAAGAAAAGAACAUCAAUGAUGAUUCCUGUGGUGCUCGUGAGACAAGGCUUCUUGUGGGGUUUGUCUGCUAUCUUUCUCUUUGCUUUUACUUCACUAUAUCUUCAAAUUCCCGGUCUUUAUGGAGACAAAGGUUUACUACCUGCCAAAUAUAUCCUACACGAUUUAUCAACUUGUCGGGAUAAACAUUCUCCAUGUUUCAAAUGGGCUUCUGGUGGGGAUUGCAAGAGAAACUCCAAAUGGAUGGCUGUCAAUUGCAUGAAGGCUUGUAACAACUGUCAAGCAUUAGACACUUCUUUGAUCGGCCUACUCAAGCAAACACCCACUCUACUCUGGCUCGCUCCGUCAUUAGGGCUGGACAUAACUACUGGCAUGGAGUUCCUCUGCCUGACUGGAAUGACAUUAUCAGUGCUUCUUCUCGUCUCUCAGCGCUGUAGGGAUUGUCUCAGUUUCUUCGUGUUGUGGUUACUUUAUUUUUCAUUGUUCCAGGUUGGACAAAUUUUCUUGUGGUAUCAGUGGGAUGGGUUGCUAUUGGAAACGGGGUUCUUGGCAGUUGUUGUUGCACCCUGGAAUAUAAAGCUGUUACCAUGGAGAUGGAAGCUUUUUAAAUGUAAGAGAAUGAGGAAUGUAACUCGUCACCAUGACAUGGUCACCCUGUGGUUAGUAAAGUGGUUGUUAUUCAGGCUGAUGUUUGCUUCUGGUGUGGUAAAACUAUUGUUCAUGGAUCCCACAUGGUGGGACAUGACAGCAAUAUACUGGCAUUAUGAAUCACAGUGUAUUCCGACUCCAUUGGCCUGGUAUUUCCAGAAGCUACCAAAAUGGUUUCACAGACUCAGUGUUGUCAUAACAUACACCAUAGAAAUUGGUUUGCCGUUUCUAUUCUUCGUUCCUAUCAGAACCUUGAGAUUUUUUGCAUAUUUUGGUCAAGUUCUUCUUCAGCUUCUUAUUCUCGUGACAGGAAAUUACAACUUUUUUAACCUCUUGACCCUUGUACUGUGCGUUGUGUUACUCGACGAUAAAGCAAUAAUGUCACGCAAUACAUGCUCUUUGUCACCAUGCAAGAAGUUGUAUAGGAAAAAGAAUGUGGCAAAUAAUAUGGAGGAAAAACAUUCUGAUGUAAGGGAGAACAGAAAUGAAGAUACAACAGAAGAAAAGAAGGCAGAUCCCAGUCACGAGGAAUUCUUUCCUUCAACAGCUGGAAAGCUAUUGGAUCGUUUGGUUGACAAGGCAACUGGAUGUUACUAUGGAAACCGAUUGGCACAAUUCCGGGAUUUUGUGCAUAGUAGGAAAGCUAGUAUUGUUCGAACACUUGCCAACGUAAUCACUUGUGCCAGUGUUUUCUCUGGAAUUUGUUUUUUAGUUUCGAGAUGGUUUUAUUUUGAAAUUCAAGAUGCCAAACUGAUGAGCUGGAUAAACUUUUCCCCAGAUGACUUUCGCAAAGCUGUAACCAAGGCAACCAUAGCUGCAAUCUGGAUUGGGGGAUUUUCGCUGCUGAUAGAGAUCGCAGGCGCUUAUAUGCGGAUUUUAUUACAGGAAAAGUCAGUAAAAAGCUACAAAAUGUAUUCUUUGCUUCAAUGUACACUGUGGUCUUUGCUCUCAUUGUGGCUCUUUAUUAUUAGCCUGGACCCUCUUACAGAUGUCAGUUAUUCAGCCAAGAAAAGUCUACCACUCGUGUUUCGAAAGUGGUACCGAGAUACUAAGUUGUUGGAGAUUGCACAUCCGUAUGGAUUGUUUAGAAGUAUGACUGGCGUGGGAGGCAGACCAGAGAUUAUUAUACUGGGUAGUAAUACGACUAAUGGCACAUGGAAAGAAUACAACUUUCGCUACAAACCGGGCAACAUCUAUCAACCGCCACCAUUCGUAGCUCCUCAUCAACCUCGUUUAGACUGGCAGAUGUGGUUCGCUGCACUCGAGUCUUAUAAUUCCAAUCCCUGGUUUCUUAAUUUACUUAACAAGUUACUAAGAAGAGAGAAGGAUGUGCUUGCCUUGAUGGGUAACAAUGAGGGUCUGGUCGUUUCGCCGCCGAAAUAUAUAAGAACACAGUUAUAUCUGUAUCACUAUACUGAGAAUAGUACAAGCUUGGGGAAUAUUCUGUUUAAAUCUGGCGUAAAAUCCAAAGGCUGGUGGACUCGCGAAUACGUCCGAGAAUACACACCUUUCRUAGUCAGUAAUGACUCUGUCACCUUACUACAACAGAUGCUUAGGGAGUCAGGUAUAUAUCAGAGAGACAUGGCUAAACAAGAACCUAGUGGGUUUCUCUAUUCGCUAGUGAAGUCGUUACGCCGUCGUUAUGAAAAUCAAGCACCCGAGAAUGUGAUCAGCGUGUUGUUUUUACUUGUGGUUUUACUUCUAGUGUUUAAAGUCUGGUGGAGGAAAAUGGGCCAAAGGUUCUGCACUCCACAGCUAAAAAGAGCUAGAGAAAAAUGUGAGCCCACGAUCCAACAUGCCAGAGAUCACAUCUCCAAAUGUACCGUCAAAUUCGCCCAUAAGUGUACCGAACUUGCAAACAAGAGCCCGAUUGGUCAGUGCUACAGGUCGCAAUGUGUGACUUUAUUCGUGGAAAAAUUGUGCGCUUUUUAUAGAGGGAUUUGUUUUUUCCUAAGUUUCUAUUACGACAAAGGAAUAGGGUUGUGCAGUAGAGCUAUGGUGAAACUGGAGACAGUGAAACCUUCUUUAAAGAAAAAAGAAUGACAAAAAUGAAGAAAAUGCACUCUUGGGUUAUACUUGCCACGUGACGUUGAGCCGAAAUUCCACUUCUAUCUGUUACUCAUUUUUCCAUAAGCGGAUUCAGAAUUGUCAACUGAGUAGAAAUAUUCUGCUGCAGGAACUCGAGAAUUCUAUAUGGACGUAAUAAGCCUGAAGCGAGAUGACGUUUUACCCCCGACUCUAGACCAUAAUAGUUUUUAAAAUUCUUUCAUAUUAAUUUUUUUGAGUCCUUAGAGAAUACAGGAACAAUGGUCAUAAUUAAAGAACAAAAGCAGUGUGAAAAGGAUUAUGGUCUAGCGCUUCAGGCUUAUUGGGUCCUAUAGAAUGUUGUAUUUUGUUUUAGGGUUUGGUCACCUGUUGGUCGAGGACUGGGAAAUACUUUUGGUUUGCAUCAGUAAAGACAGAAAAAGGAAAAAAGGGAGAGAGAGAAAGAAAGAAAAAAGAAAAGAAAAAAAACCCUCUUUUGAUAGCGUGGGAUUUGAACUACCAAUAGAACUUUUUAAAAAAAUCGAUUCUACUUUGCCAUACCCCCGAGACAUCCGCAGAGCUGAGGCGUCGUAUGGACUUCGGACUUGACGGCGAUUAAAUCCUUCU